AUGUCAUAUAACAGACCAGAUGUCAACCGUGGACCUUCCACUUCUGGAAGUAUACAUCCCCUUCCUUCACCAGCGUCUACUGCAUCCUAUCUUUUUCCACAAGGAUCCGGUCUGCCACUACAGUCAUGGCAGAGUCAACAGUCUAGAUACGAAGAACCGUACAGUCCACGAAGCCAGGCUCCGCUAGAAUAUCGCAUACCGUCCAGGCCAUCUCUGUCUGAUUAUCAACUGCCUUCUCCUGCCACCUCUUCAAGGCACAGCAUCUCCAGUUCGUCCACGUACAGUGCAUACCAACCAGACCAUGGCACAUGGCGCCAACACUCGGUUGGAUCGCCUUAUAGCUCCAUGCAAGUGGAUCAUAAAGCCAUGUCAGUUCAACACUCUGAUCGGGAAAUCUCCCCACAGAGACCUGGAGCUGGAGGAAAACUGUUUGCUUCAGGAAAUCAAGACUCCCCUGAGAUGAAUGCGACGUCGUACCAUGUUACGUCGAAUGAGAUAUCGAACCAAAAGCACCGUACCUCCAGUUCUGGCAUUCCUCUGGGGUUUGAGCGGCUGCUGCAUCCACAAAGUCCACCGCCACAGUCGUUUCCUCUCUCGCCCCAGCCGUCUCCCCCCGUUACUGCGUCAAGAUUUCGCCUGCACAUCCGGCAACAGCCUGUAGCAGGACGUGCUUGCGCUGCGGGCGAAAAGGAUCGCCGUCCAAUCGAUCCUCCUCCGAUCUUACAACUGCUCAUCGUCGAUUUCGACCCGGAUUCUGAAAACGACCGGCUCUUGCUUCAAGACCCAAGAUUUGCUGUGGGCUGCCUGUUAUAUUCUGUGACGCAUGGGCAGCUGGUUCAUUGCACGCAUGUUGUCGAGCCCUCUGCGAAAGCACCGUCGACCCGUGCCUCAAGGGACAGCGAUGCGAGCGCUCGAGGGCAGCAGCAAUGGAGAUCGGUUCAGAUGCUCUCUGGAAGGUCGUACGUGUCCCCGUUCUACGUUGACAAGGAACCCGAUCCAGCCACCGCUCCAGCGCAUCCAUCCAGCACCGGCAGAGCGGGGGACGCAGUACGGCCAGCUGCUUCCACAAUGCCUGCCACGUUCUUUGUCUUUGCAGACCUCUCUGUCCGCACAGCAGGCGUGUACCGGCUAAAAUUCCGACUGAUGGACUGGGGCAGUGUCAUGGACACGGGCACGUCUCAGCCCGUCCUGGCCGAGGUCUGGUCGGAUCCGUUCCGCGUGUGCUCGUCGAAGGACUUUCCGGGGAUGCGAAGAUCGUCGCAUCUGGCGGAAAGGCUUCGAGAGCUGGGUGUCAAGGAUCUAAAGGCGAGAAAAGGAAAGGGGAGAGGAGAGGCAAAGCAAAGGACGAAAGUGAUAGUGAAUGACGGAGUCACAAAAAAAAAGGACAUUCAUUGGCCUUUUCUUUUGGUCUAA